UUUAUGUAUUUAGAAAUUCAUGUCAGAUACCCUAGUGCUCCGCAUGGUAAUACCAGUGUCUACUUUCCUCCUGCUCAUCCUUCUGGCGAAAAUCCUAAUGUUACCUAUCCUCCAUAUCAUGGCGCUCCUCAUCAUGGUACUAAUGGCGAAAACUUUCAAAAUCUGAAUGGGGAUCGUGCUCCUACUCGUCGAGGUGGUAAUCAACAUGGCAGCUAUCUUAAUACUUAUUAUCUUGGUAAUAAUAGCGCCUACUUUGAAGGGAUGCGUGAAGGGGUCGCCUACUUGUGA